AUCUAAGGGUCGUGCAGAGUUUUAUAUACGUUGUAAUAUGAAGAUAUCAUUACUUGGUGUUUUUGUUCAUCUUGAUUCAAGCUACAUGGGUGUUUACCUGCGACACUUGGUUUUUGUAACACGAUCCCGAGACCAAUUAUUAACGCAACGUUAGAAACAGUAGGAUUAAAACGACCUUUGGUGUGAAAAUCACUAAAUAAAAGGUGGUUGUAUCAAUACGUCUAAUUGAGAGAUUGCAGUUGGUUCGACGCUAAUAAAGUAAAGAGCUUGUUGUCAUCCCGUCUGAAGAUUUACUCCAACGGUACUUCCAGCAAUCUGGUCGAAUUGCACUCUACAACAGUAAAAUGUCUUCCAAGAUUGUUCAAGAUGCAGUUCAUGGUGUAAUAGAGCUGGAGUCACUAGCUGUUCAGUUGAUCGAUUCUCCUGAAUUUCAGCGUCUUCGAGAAAUAAAGCAAUUAGGUAUUGCUUAUUUUGUUUUUCCAAGUUGUCAACAUUCGCGAUUUGAACAUUCGAUUGGUACUUAUCAUAUGGCCAAAAAGUUGCUUGAGACUAUUCACAAUGAUAAAAAUUACUCGGGUCCAGCUUUGAGCUCCUCAGAACAGUUAGCCAUUAGAAUUGCUGCCUUAUGUCAUGAUUUAGGUCAUGGACCUUUUUCUCAUUUAUGGGAAGAGUUCGUCAAAAGGGGCGGGUCAGAAUAUAGUGAAUAUAAUCAUGAAACAAUUAGUGGGCAUGUACUUUAUCAAAUUAUUUGUUCAAAACCUACCCUACAAAGUGAAUUAAAUAAUCUUGGCGUUGAUAUGAAUCUCAUACGCAGUCUGAUACUAGGUGAUACUAAUACUGUAUUAUCACAACAGGAUUCAUUGAAGAAUAAAUCAUUUAUUUAUGAGAUUCUCUCCAAUAGUUUAAAUGGUAUGGAUGUUGACAAAUGGGAUUAUCUACUCCGAGAUUGUCUGCAUUCUGGUUUGGGAGCUAGUGGGACUAGUGUGGAUAUUGAUAGAUUUUUAAGAUUUUACCGACCAUUUCUACAUACUGAUAAAGACAAAGGUGACGAGAAUGAAUCAAAAUGUUGGCAUUUAUCAUUUAGAGAUACAGAAUUGGAAAAUUUGCUUCGAACAUUCAGUUUACGACAGCAUCUUCAUCAAAAAGUUUAUCAACACAAAACAGUGACAGCUAUUUCUGCUAUGAUUAUUGAUGCUCUUGAAUUAAUAGAACCUGUACUUAAUCUUCGAUCCAUUAGCAUGAACGCAUUAAAAUAUCAGAAUCCAGAUAGUUUGAGUGAUUUUCUUAAACUCCAUGAUUCACUUUUGUGGGAUGUUUUUUAUGGACGAGGAUCAUUAUCAAGAGUUACUUCGGAAACUUUUCUUCCUCGAAUUCAACAGGCACAGUCUCUAAUACGUCGUAUUUUAAAUCGAGAUCUGUAUACCUAUAUUGAUAGUGUAUAUGAAAUGAUAUACUAUGCACCAAUUGGUGAAAAUAACAGUCACCCACAUUCUUUCAAUCCCAAAAAGUUCCCUAAUUUAAUCAAUGAAGUAGCAACUGAAUCAUUAACAUUACGAUCGAUGGGGUUAGGACUAGGUCCUAGAAAAAGUCUAUGCUAUGAACCAAUUUCACCUCAUUACAGGACAUUCGGGGUGACGUCAAAUAAUAAAAGAAAACAUUCCAAAGAAUCCAUUCUUACUGAAAUAUUCAGGAGACUUCCUCAGGACUCUGGGAUCCGAGAUAUAGAUGAUCUAUUGGUAACAGAAUCUAGGUUCUCUUCAAACAGUACUCUCAAAUCUCCCAGAUUUUACUUUUAUACACGUUCAGGGAAUACUUUUACCUACAGCGAACCGUUACGUGUUAUACGAGCAUACCGUCUUUAUUGGCGCAGGACUAAUUCUCCUUUAAAAUCUGCGAUAUACUGCCCUGUUACAUGCUUAACGGAAGCAUUUAACCAAUGGCAUCAAGAGAUGAUUGAAGAUAGACAUGGUGCAGAAAGUGAUUAGUCUGUUAAUUGCAAAUAGAUACUACGAGAGUGACAGAACAACAAAACCACAUUGUUUUACACACUUAUUCACUAUAAUUCAUUUAUUUUGAUUGUUGCCAAAAUUAUGGUUACAAUAGUUAUUCAUAUUACGUUGCUUCACAAAGUGUUAAAUUUGUAAAUAGUUGAACUGAACUCCGAAAUACACUUUACGAAAAGCCAAA